AUGGGGAAAGCAAGUCAAAGAUCGGGAAAGAAACAAAGAAAUGAACAAUCUCAAAAGCAGGAACAAAACAGUUCUGAUAAUAAUGCGAAUGCCACAACCAAAAAUACGAAGCCUUCAAAAAAGAGUCCGAAAAUUCAACCGACCCAAAGGACCAAUUGGCAAAAUGUGAUGUUGGCCAAAAUUGGAAUUCUUACUGCGUCCUUUAUCAUCACAGUUGUGGCUUUGAUAUUUUAUUCUGAAGAUUCAGUCACUCAGAUGGCAGGAGUAGACCAAGGAUAUGAACGGCUUGUGCAUGAAGUCAAAUGCUCCAAGGAUUAUGAUGCUGAGCCGUUUAAGAGCUGCAUUCCUAAGGAUUGCAAACGCAUUGUGUUUGACAACAUGGUAACACAAGAAGAAGCACAUCAUUUAUUAAAAGUUGCAAAGAAGGGUCUGGCACUUGGAGGCUCUGCUGGAGGUGCAUCCAUUUUGGAUCUUCAUUCUGGUGCCUUAUCAAAAGGAAAUGCAUUUGUUAACAUUUAUAAAGUUUUAGAAAUCCAAAAUGAAACCCUUUUCACUCCUGAAGAUUUUACCAUUUACAAAAGAGUCAAAGACAAAGUAUUCCAGGCGAUCAUCAAUGAGUUUCGUAUUCCUCAUACCAAACUUUAUCUUACAAAACCAACAUUCUUCUCUCGGAUGACAACGGCGCCCGCAAAGACAAUUCAUGAUGAAUAUUGGCACACACACAUUGAUAAGGUGACCUACGGCUCGUUUCAUUACACAUCCCUUGUCUAUCUGAGCACUUACAAAAAAGACUUUACUGGGGGACGAUUCAUAUUCGUUGAUGGAAAUACAAACAGGACAGUUGAACCCAAACGCCACUCUCUCUCUCCCUCUAAUUUGUGUUUCACUCUUUUUCUUCCCAUACUUUGUGUGUAUCGCUCUCUCUUUCUCUUCUACUUUCUGUGUGUAUCGCUCUCUCUCUCUCUCUCUUAUCCUACUUUCUGUGUGUAUCACUCACUUCCCCUACUUUCUGUGUAUCUCUCUCUCUUCCCCCACUUUGUGUGUGUGUGUGUAUCUCUCUCUUUGUGUGUGUGUAUCUCUCUCUCUUCCCUCACUUUGUGUGUGCGUGUAUGUAUCUCUCUCUCUUCCCCCAGUUUGUGUGUGUAUCUCUCUCUCUUCCCCCAGUUUGUGUGUGUAUCUCUCUCUCUUCCCCCAGUUUGUGUGUGUAUCUCUCUCUCUUCCCCCAGUUUGUGUGUGUAUCUCUCUCUCUUCCCCCAGUUUGUGUGUGUAUCUCUCUCUCUUCCCCCAGUUUGUGUGUGUAUCUCUCUCUUCCCCCAGUUUUGUGUGUAUCUCUCUCUCUUCCCCCAGUUUGUGUGUGUAUCUCUCUCUCUUCCCCCAGUUUGUGUGUGUCUCUCUCUCUUCCCCCAGUUUGUUGUGUGUGUCUCUCUCUUCCCCCUCUCUCUCUCUUCCCCCAGUUUUGUGUGUGUCUCUCUCUCUUCCCCCAAUUUUGUGUGUGUGUGUCUCUCUCUUCCCCCCACUUUGUGUAUGUAUCUCUCUCUCUCUCUCUUCCCCACUUUGUGUGUGUGUGUAUCUCUCUCUCUCUCUUCCCCCACUUUUGUGUGUGUGUGUAUCUCUCUCUCUCUCUCUCUUCCCCCCACUUUGUGUGUGUGUGUAUCUCUCUCUCUCUUUCCCCUUUUUGUGUGUGUGUAUCUCUCUCUCUCUUCCCCCCACUUUGUGUGUGUGUGUGUAUCUCUCUCUCUCUCUCUCUUUCCCCACUUUGUGUGUGUGUGUGUAUCUCUCUCUCUCUUCCCCUACUUUGUGUGUGUGUGUGUAUCUCUCUCUCUUACCCACUUUGUGUGUGUGUGUGUGUAUCUCUCUCUCUUACCCACUUUGUGUGUGUGUGUGUGUGUAUCUCUCUCUCUCUUCCCCCACUUUGUGUGUGUGUGUGUGUAUCUCUCUCUCUUCCCCCACUUUGUGUGUGUGUGUGUCUCUCUCUCUCUCUUCCCCCACUUUUGUGUGUGUGUGUCUCUCUCUCUCUCUUCCCCCCACUUUGUAUGUGUGUGUGUAUCUCUCUCUCUCUCUUCCCCCACUUUGUGUAUAUGUAUCUCUCUCUCUCUCUCUUCCCCCACUUUGUGUAUAUGUAUCUCUCUCUCUCUUCCCCCACUUUGUGUAUGUGUGUAUCUCUCUCUCUCUCUCUCUCUCUUCCUCCACUUUGUGUGUGUAUCUCUCUCUCUCUCUUCCCCCACUUUGUGUGUGUGUGUGUGUGUAUCUCUCUCUCUUCCCCCACUUUGUGUGUGUGUGUGUGUGUGUAUCUCUCUCUCUCUCUCUCUUCCCCCAAUUUGUGUGUGUAUGUAUCUCUCUUUCUUCCCCACCUUUUGUUUCUCUCUUUUUCUUUUAUUCAUUUUCUUCUCUUCUCUUUGUUUUUUCCUUCUUCCCCCUUUUUCUUUUCUAUCCCCCCCUCCUUUCUCAUCGAUUUUUCUAUCUGUUUUUUUUCCUUACUUUUUCUUAUUUCUUUCUUGCUUUAUUUUUCUUUUGUUUUUAUUCUUAAGCAAUUUUUCGUCUUAA